AUGAAUGCUGGCGCUGUUAUGCAGGCUCUCGUGGGCGGCGAGUCUGGCGGGUACCGGCUCGCCGAUGACAUUCCCAUCCCUGCUCCAAAGCCAGGCACGAUGCUAUGUCGAGUACAUGCCGUCGCCUUGAGCCCCUACGACGCAAAGAUUGUAGACUACUCCAACACGCCCGACGCAGUUGGUGGCUGUGACUUUGCCGGCGUCGUGGUGGAAGUAGGCGAAGGCGUGACGCGGUUCAAAACGGGCGACCGCAUUCUCGCAGUGACUUUUGGUCUCUCCGCCUCCGACAAGAGCGCGGGUGCGUUUGCAGAGUAUGCGCUCGCGACGGAGGACCUAAGCUGUCGCGUUCCGGACGAAUUAUCCUUGACGCAGGCGAGCUCGAUGGGCUUGGGCAUUGCGACGGCUGGUCUUGCCCUUUUUCAGGCACCCGGGCUGCAGCUGGCCACGAAGCUGGUUCCCAAGGAGGAGUCCGACGCGAAGGUAUUUGUUCUUGUUUCCGGGGGGGCAACGGGCACAGGAACUAUGGCAACCCAGCUCUUGAAAGGCGCUGGCUACAUACCCAUAGUCACCUGUUCACCGUCCAACAACGCCCUCUGCGAAUCCUACGGUGCUGUAGCUUGCUUCGACUAUAAUUCCCCCACGUGCGGUGCCGACAUCCGCGAGUACACCGACAACAGCCUAACUUCCGUCUUCGACUGUGUUACCGACGCAACGACGAUGAAGAUGUGCUACGAAGCCAUUGGCUCUUCGGGCGGGAAAUACGUUGCCUUGGAGGCCAUUGCCACGACGAUCAAGUACACGCGCCGGGAUGUGGCUGCAGACUGGCUGAUGGCUCCCACGAUUUUGGGAACGCCCGUCGAGCUCCCGGGAGCGUAUGGGCGCCCCAGCACGCCGGAGCACAGGAGAUUCGGCACAGACUUGUUUCUGCUAGCCGAGAAAUGGAUACAGAAGGGCGAAAUCAAGCAUCAUCCGCUGGAGAUUCGGGAAGGGGGUCUGGCAAGGAUCCCGACCUAUGUUAAUGACUUGCGGGUUGGAAAUGUGCGGGCCAAAAGACAGGUUGUCCCAUUAAUUUGCUAG